AUGCACCUGUCGUCAGGCACAGUGGAACGGCUUCCUGCCAUCAAGCGGGUAAACAAGCGACCUGCAGGAUCUGCGAGGAGAAAACCACUCUACGACCACGGUCACGGGCGCAUCGAUGACCCCGGAUACACGGCCUUCGUCAAAGAUUCCGGAGAUGUGCCUGUCCGCGUCAAAGUGAUAUCGGCCGAGUGCCACGAGGGGCUCAUGCGCAUUGAGCUGCGUUUCAACGGCUCGUUUCUGGGCCUCGUGUACAGCACGGGCUACGCGCACGACCCGGACUGCGUGUACGUGAACGGCUCCGGGGGCGCCACUUACACGCUCGACGUGCGGGCCAACCGCUGCGGCACCCUCGGCCGCAGCGACCUGCUAGUCCAGCCGGCGGCGCCUUCGUCAGCAGGGGAGAAGGUCCGUGGCCACCAGCUGUGGAACUCACUAACGGUGCAGUACGACCGGCAGAUCGAGGACUCGGCCGACGAAAGGUUUCGCGUGACGUGCGAGUACGCAUUCGACUACUGGAAGACGGUCUCCUUCCCGCUACUAAACGUCGAGGUUAACACUGGCACAGCGGUGGUGUUCACUCUGCCACCUCCACAGUGCAGCAUGGAGGUGCGCCUGGGCUACGGCCUGUCCGGACCCCGGGCACAGGGGCCAGUCACGGUCGGCGAUCCGCUCACUCUCGUCAUCACCAUGACCAGCGUGCUGCGUGAUGUCGACAUCCUCGUGAGCAACUGCGUGGCUCACAACGGAGCCGACCAGAAGCUGCAACUCGUUGAUGUCCACGGGUGCACCCUGCAGGAGCGUCUUCUGAGUGCCUUCCGAGGUUCGCAUUCCACUCGUGCGGAAGGGGGUCAAGAGGUGGCGCUGUUUGCCUUCCUCAAGGCCUUCCGCUUCACCGGCAGCAGGGCUCUGUACAUCGAGUGCGACGUCCACAUGUGCCACAGUUCCUGCCCGACGCAGCAAUGCUCGUGGCGCCAGCGCCGUAAGAGAUCGGCAGCUCUCGAAGGCAACGACACAGCGACGCCAUUCGAGACGCUCAACUUGUUCCAGGCCCUGGAGGUUCUCCACACUGACGCCGACGCCCAGCAAAGCCUUCCUUAUUCCGAUCCCAGUGGCAGCCUGGUCUGCCUGAAGGCGACGGGCUUUGCAGCCGGAGUGGCUCUGAUAUUCUUGAUGAUGUCCCUAUGUUUUGGACUGUCCGCCUGCACAAUCAUUAAACUCAAGGGAAAGAAGCCAACGAAAGCCGAUCCACUCGAAGACGACAACCAGCCUCCCGACUACUGAGCUCUUAAUUCAAACCAAGAACAAAUUGACGACAAUGAUAACGAGAGCCCUCGGGCGUAUCUCAAGCUUCCGUUAGCAAUAAACGUGUGAUAGGGAGCAGUUGCCAUGUAGUAAGCUCGCAAUUUUAAUCGUAUGGGGCCUUAAAAAUUAAACCUUGAAAACGGAAAGCGAAUCAAUGGCUAACGGUGUUGGUGAGGCAAGAAGUUAGCAAAUUGUGUAAAUACGCUGUGUUUUGUGUAGGGCCUCCAAGGACGCUAGAGUGCAGCAUUAGGUUUAGCGUCUUCAAGGCCUUUUUCAAGACUUAUUCUGUAUUGUAUGCCAGGAAAGUUUUGACCAAUGUCGGGAGGAAAUAAAUUUCACGAUAAUAGUUUUGAAUUUCACGCCCGUAAUGCUGUGGCAUUUCUUUUUAUAGAUACGGCACACACCUUUGAGUCCAAGCGUGG